AUGAAUUCACUUAAUAGCGAUAAAAUAAAUAAAAACAAUCUGUCUAAUUUCACUGAAUAAAAUGAAUUUAGUUCAAUAAAACUUAACAACAAAAGCCUCAUUAAGCAAAGACUAAAUCUCACAUACUACGAAAGAGAAAUGGUUUAAUAAAAAUAAUUUAAUAGCUUAGUUUCUAGCCAAAUUUGGGUAAGAUUGCAGCCAAGGCAUAAAGAAACAAAAAAUAGUUUUCUAUGA